GGGCCUGUUACAAAGUCUGUGUCUAAAAAAAAGUAAACUCGCUCCUUGUCGGACAAAACUGAAUGUAAUUAAGUUAACUACCUAUGUACAUUAUCAGUGGAGUACUUGAAUUAAUAUCAAAUUGUAACCCGAGAUGCUGGUGCCACACCUUAUUACGUGACCACCCAGUGAUGCGUGAACACUCAGGGGCAUGAUAUACACCCUUGUGUUUGAUUUGAUAUACCAAUCAGCCGUGGACGCCCGACCAUAAAAAUGGUAUAUAUAGAUUUAACCCUAAUCAGGUAUCGUUAAAUAUCGUUAAAUCGUCGAGAACGUUCUGUCAGACGAUCAAACGAUAACUAUUCAACAAGUCGGUAAAUCACAUCGAAAACCCAAGUUCUGGUCGCAGUGAGAAGCUCUGGAUGCCUUGAGGAGGGUUCACCAGCUCUGCUUCAACAACGUUGACAUGGAUCUUACCAACGUCAUCAACAGUCAAGGCAGACAUCUUUCUUCAAGAAAUCUGCCCAAAAGGAAAAACACUGAAAUUGGACCAGUAAAGCUGCAAGACUUUGUCGGCCAGUCAAAAGUGGACGCUGCAAUCCAAGGUGAAACUUUCUUUCUCAUGGUGGGGAACACGCAUGAAGAUGUGGAUCAACCGUUUAGUGUAUUUGCAAGGGAACUUAGACAGAAGCCUGCAACAACCCGCGAUGCCCUCCUUCAAGAUUGGGGACAUCCGGACACCCACCACCAAGCUAUCAGACUUCAAGCCCUUCAUGCCUGCCCCAAGGGAAGCAACAACCCUCCCAACUAAAGUUCAAGAGGCAAUAGAGAAGAACAAUGAAAAACUGCAAAAACAAUCAAAGAUCACUCUGACAAAGCACCGAAGACAAGCGUCAGUAUCAGAACAAUAAAGAAGGAGCCGCAAGUUUUGCUGAAAUGAACAUAUUUUUUGUCUAAGCUAUGUGGCUGAGAUAUUGCCGAGGAUUGCAUUGCAGGAGUUUUGUACUUUGUAUGUUUUUGUUUCUUAGUAAAGCUGUGUAUUUAGAAUUGUAUAUAUAUAUACAUAUAUAAGAUGAGAUGUGCACAAUUAAAUUUAUGAAACAAUAUAUGCAGUUAUAUUGUAAAAUCUUGGUUGUGUUCUAUUUUUUUCCAUGUCUGAAGUUAAACUACUUUCAGAGUACCGUAUAUCACAUGUAGGUUGUUUCUUUGAAUUCCAACUGGGGAUUAUAUAUUUGGUUGGCCCCAUGGAAUAAUUAUGAAGUUUAUUUUUUGAGAAUCACAUUCACCUUUAAUGUUGUACACUUCAAAGUCGUCAAAAGGCCAUUGAAGAUGGUCACUGAAAUUCUCAUAAUAAUUUAGAUAAUUAUAGGGUAAGCUCAAGGUUCAAUGAUUUGCAUCUGUCUAGUAUACAAAGGUAUGAGGCCAACAUGUUGUUCCAUUGUUUAAUUCGAGUGACGUCAACUUUUCUUGAUAAAUUUGGUAAAUAUAAUACCAAGAUAAAUAUCUUCAAUUGCUGAAUUCAAUUUAAACUUUCCAAAGAUUGAUGGUUGAAAUUACUGCAGAAAAAAAUUCUGCCAGAAAUUUCUGUAGAAAAAAAUAAUUCUGCCAGAAAUUUCUGUAGAAAAAAAAAAUACUGCCAGAAAUUUCU